AUGAGCAGAGUUUAUAUUGGCAAUUUGUCUUCCCGUGUUACCGACCGAGAGCUUGAACAUUUCUUUCGAGGAUUUGGAAAAAUACGUGAUGUAAUGUUAAAAAACGGAUUUGGAUUUGUGGAAUUUGACGACUACCGUGAUGCUGAAGAUGCUGUGUAUGAACUAAAUGGACGUGAACUUUGUGGGCAUAGAGUUGUUGUGGAAAUUUCUCAUCGUUAGUUUUUUUUGUAAUAUCUUUAAGGGAGUAGAGAGUUUGUUGAGGUUUCCUUAGUGUUAGUUUUGUUAAAUGUCCUAUCGUUUAGCCUCCAAUAAUCUUUUAAAUGGAUGACGAAUAUGUGUUCCGUAGUGUAGUGGUAUUGUUCAUGAGUACAAUAUCUUCGAUGGAGGUUCGAGUCCUUUGGCCUCGAACUUUUUAUUCUUCCCAUUUUCAGUAUUUAUUUUCAUCAAGUUUAACUUCUGCAAAUUUAUUAGGAUUUUUUAUUUUCUAUAGAGAUUAUUCUGCCUACAAGAUCAUUAAUAAGAAUGAUUCGUGUUUGA